UUACUGAUCAUGUCAGAGGUAUCCUUAAUUUUUUUUGAUUGGUUUAAAUACAUUUAUUGCUUGUUAUUGACAACAACGAUAUAUAAUCACUCGUUCUGUUUUGUGGUAAGUCUUCGCUUUUGCGCAUGCGAAAAACCACUCGUCACUAAAAUAAUGAAGUUUGUCCAAUUGGAUUUGCCGUUUUUUGCUGUCCAAGAUGGCUACGCGGAUCGGCAGUGAAAAGUGUUUUGCGGUGCAGGUGAAGACAGCAGACAUGAUGUCCGAAAUGAUUGAAGCAGCACGUUCAGGCAACAGGAAGUGCCUCAGGAAAAUGAUCCUCAGAGGCUGCAGUUUGCACUGUAGGGACAGUAGAGGUUGGACUCCUCUGCAUGAGGCUGCAGCUGCGGGACAUGCACAGUGUGUGCAAGAAAUUUUAUCAGCUGUCUGCAACAGUUCAUUGCAACGCCGCCGUGACUACGUCAAUUCCAUUACUAAUAAAGGUGAAUCAGCAUGUUUCCUGGCUGCACAGCGUGGUCACGUGGAUGUGCUCCGCCUCCUCCUGAAUGCAUGUGCCAACAUUAACCUGCAGACAAAAGAUGGUUCCUGUCCUUUGUUUGCAGCUGUAGAUGAAGGACACAUGGAUGCUGUCAAACUGCUCAUUGAUAAAGAUGCAGAACUUAAGGGGAGACACACAAGGUCCUGCCGGACCUGCCUGCACCAGGCAGUUUACAAGGGUCACAGUGACAUUGUUCGGCUGCUGGUUAACCUUUGUGACGUGGAGGCUUCAUCCACCAUGGAGAUUACUCCUUUGUAUGUGGCUGCUCAUUAUGGACAAGUGGAGUGCCUGCAGAUCCUCAUUAAUGCUGGUGCAAAUGUGAACGUUCAAGUGAAUAGCAUGGCCACACCCCUCUUCAUUGCAACUCAGGAAGAUCACCAUCAGUGUGUGGAUCUGCUGUUGGCCCACGGUGCAGAUCCUAAUAUGGUCUGCGAUUCUGAAUCGCUCCGACUUCCUAUUCAUACUGCCUCUGAGUUUGGCCACAUUCAAGUCCUCAAGAGCCUGAUCUCUGUCACCGAUCGUGCCUGCGACCGUGGUGAGGACAUGGAGAGUCCACUGUACAUCGCCAUUUACAAUGAUCAGAGUGCGUCCGUGGAGCUUCUGUUAAAGGAAGGUUUCAGCCCAGACGCUCAGCGCCUCACUGAUCUGGAAAUGAAUUCACCCCUCGCUUUUGCACUGUCCGAGUGCACCAACAUGAGUGAGUGUGUGAGGUUGCUGGUGGCGGCUGGAGCGACCAUAUGUGAGGAUGCCUGGCUCUCUGUCUUGGCCACAGAAAAAACAGAGCUUCUAGAGCUGAUUCUGCAGCACAGAUGGAUCCCUUCACCAAAGACUUUGACGCAGGACUCCUCUCCUGCUCCACGUCGGAAUGACAAAACUGCACUGAAGCUGCAGGAAGUGAGGGCAAUGCUGUGUGUUGCCCUGAACCAGGUUCGUUUUGUGGCCUGUUGGCUUCCUCUACUCCUGAAGGCAGGACUGGAACCGUCUCUCCUGCUGCACAGCUGCAUACUUGACAAAGCAGACGGCGAGGCUCUGAAUUAUCUGCUGGAGUUUGUUAACUGGUCAACGUUGUCCACAGCUCUGAAACAAAUUCUGGAUCAAAGACGAGAAGAAAAGUCCUGGCAACCGCAUCCACAUUUUGAGCAUGUUCCCAGUCUGUCUCAUCUCUGCCGUCUGCAGCUGCGGACAAUACUGGGACCAGAUCUGCUGAUGACGGGUGAUGUGGUCCAGCAGCUUCCUGUACCCCGACCACUUCACCACUUCCUUCAGUUUAAGGACAUCAGUGAAGCCUCCUUCCCUUUCCCACAAUCACCAAGGAUUAACCCCAUGAGGCGAGGAAAUCUUUCACACGAGCAUGUCCAUGUCCUAGCCCAGGGGAACAUGGACUUCACUGAGUGUUACUCAGACACCGUGUCCAGAGUGGCUGCGGCUGCACGAUCGGGGGACAGGAGGAGCCUCAGGAAGCUGAUCCUAAGAGGCUGCAGCCUGGACUGUCGAGACAACAGAGGCUGGACCCCCCUGCACGAGGCUGCAGCUGCUGGAAGUGCUCGCUGUGUGCAAGACAUUUUGUCUACUGUCGUCAGAAGCUCAGGGCAGAGCAGUCAUGACUUUGUCAACUUCCAAACCCAUGAGGGCGAAACAGCAUGUUUCCUGGCUGCACAGCGUGGACACGUGUCUGUGGUGCGUCUCCUUCUAAAGGCUGGUGCUGACAUCAACAAACAGACCAACGACACUUCCUGUUCUCUGUUUGCAGCUGUGGAUGGAGGACACAGAGAUGUUGUGAAUUUCCUUUUAGGUGAAGGUGCAGAGGUCAACAGGUCACACACUGAGUCCUGCUGGACCUGCCUCCAUCAAGCUGUUUAUAAGGGGGACUGUGACAUAGUGCAGCAGCUGGUCAAGGUUUGUAACGUUGAAGCUCCAGAUGACCUGAAGAUCACUCCUCUGUUUGUGGCUGCUCAGUACGGACGAGUGCAGUGUCUGCGGAUUCUCAUCGAUGCUGGUGCCAAUGUGAAUGUGCAGGUGGGAGACUUGGCCACACCCCUCCUGAUUGCUUCUCAGGAGGGUCACCAUGAGUGUGUGGACCUGUUGUUGAACCACGGGGCAGAUCCCAACAAGAACUGCAGUAAUGAGUGGCCGCAGCUUCCCAUCCACGCUGCUGCAGAGUUCGGCCAUAUUGAAGUCCUCCGGAGCCUGAUUCCUGUCACCGAUCGUGCCUGUGACCAUGAAGACGACACAGUGAGUCCCCUGUAUUUGGCCAUUUACGGUGGGAAGAGCCAGAGUGUUGAGCUACUGUUAAAGGAAGGAUUCAGUCCAGAUGCUCAGGACUGCAGUCAGUUGGACAUGAGUUCACCGCUCGCCUUCGCUCUGUCCACGUCCACCACCGUACCAUACAGUGAGUGUGUGAGGUUGCUGGUGGCGGCUGGAGCGACCAUAUGUGAGGAUGCCUGGCUCUCUGUCUUGGCCACAGAAAAAACAGAGCUUCUAGAGCUGAUUCUGCAGCACAGAUGGAUCCCUUCACCAAAGACUUUGACGCAGGACUCCUCUCCUGCUCCACGUCGGAAUGACAAAACUGCACUGAAGCUGCAGGAAGUGAGGGCAAUGCUGUGUGUUGCCCUGAACCAGGUUCGUUUUGUGGCCUGCUGGCUUCCUCUACUCCUGAAGGCAGGACUGGAACCGUCUUUGCUCCUUCAUAGCCAGAUGUUGGACAAGGUGGACGGUGAAGUGUUGAAUUAUCUGCUGGAGUUUGUAAACUGGUCAACUCUGCCUGCACCAUUCAAACACAUUCUGGAUCAAAGACGAGCGGAAAAGACCUGGAAACCACAUCCAGAUUCAGAAAACAUUCCCAGUCUGUCUCAUCUCUGCCGUCUGAACCUGCGGAAUUUGCUGGGACCAGAUCUGCUGAUGACGGGUGAUGUGGUCCAGCAGCUUCCUGUACCCCAACAACUUCACACCUUCCUUCAGUUUAAAGACAUUCCACAAGCUUCCUACUCCUUUCCAGCAUUGCUGUUUGUUAGUCAGAGAAUUCUAGAAUUCAACACUACACACAAGCACAUCCAUGUCCUCUGACUUUCCCAUUUCUCUUUUGUUGUUCCAGUUUUUUCAAUAUUUUUGCACAGAUCACUGCACAUGCCUUAACUUUGUUGUUGAUAUUUGAAUGUAAAAUAAACAUUGUGUGAAGUC